CAGGUUUUUUGGUCUCGAGUAGCGGAGAAACAUUUUUUGCAUCACUGCUACCAGCCUUAGAGCGCGGCGACGGCGGCCAAGGCAGCAUCAGCACGGCCAUCAGCGGUGCAGACGCCGGGCUUCCAGGAGCGCGGCGGGCUCUAGCUCAGCCCGGAGUUCACCUCCGAGUGCCUAGUGCCGGGCUUACCCCUUCUGCUUUCACACUCGCACACACAUACUAUUUUUCACACACGUAUACACAGUAUCUCGAAAAAAGGAAGAAAAAAUACGAUCAGGGCUCAAGCACCCUCCAGGCAGCGGUCGUCCUCUGGCACUAGUAGCUAGGUUCGGCUCCAGCCCCAGGCGACCGUGGGCUGCGAGCGCCACCGCCGCCAGCCGGAGGAGAGCGAUGAGGGGGCCAGAGCGGCAGCUCCAACAGUAAUGUGGAUUUACAGUCGUUUCCCACAGGAACCAGCCCAGACACCCGAAGUCCCGGGCACCUACAGCACCCAGCGGAGCUGAGCACCUGGCAAAGAGGCGGGGAACCGCACCUGAGGACAUCACUGAAACUUGCGCCUGGACUAGGAAUUACAAGAGUGACCUUUCUUCAGCUUAACUUCUUUUUACUUCUGAAUCUACCAAGGACUGCUUUCAUUAAAGAACUUCCUUAUUCCUUUUUCAUGAAACUGAAAUGGAGCAAACAGACUGCAAACCCUACCAGCCUCUUUCAAAAGUCAAGCAUGAAAUGGAUCUAGCAUAUACCAGUUCUUCUGAUGAGAGUGAAGAUGGGAGAAAACCAAGACAGUCAUUCAACUCCAGGGAAACUCUCCACGAAUAUAACCAAGAGCUGAGGAUGAAUUACAAUAGCCAGAGCAGAAAGAGGAAAGAAGUAGAGAAAUCUACUCAAGAGAUGGAAUUUUGUGAAGCUCCCCCUACUCUGUGCUCUGGCUACCAGACAGACAUGCGCAGUGUUUCUCGGCAUGGCUACCAGCUGGAAAUCGGAUCUGAUGUGGACACAGAGACAGAAGGUGCUGUGUCACCUGACCAUGCACUGAGAAUGUGGAUAAGGGGAAUGAAGUCAGAACACAGUUCCUGUCUAUCCAGCAGGGCCAACUCUGCAUUGUCCUUGACUGACACUGACCAUGAACGGAAGUCUGAUGGGGAAAAUGGUUUUAAGUUCUCUCCUGUUUGCUGUGACAUGGAGGCUCCUGCCAGUUCUACUCAAGACAUGCAGAGCAGCCCACACAACCAGUUCACCUUCAGACCCCUCCCACCACCACCACCACCUCCACAUGCCUGCACCUGUGCCAGGAAGCCACCUCCUACAGUGGACUCUCUUCAGAGGAGAUCAAUGACUACUCGCAGCCAGCCCAGCCCAGCCGCUCCAGCUCCCCCAACCAGUACACAGGAUUCGGUUCAUCUGCAUAACAGCUGGGUCUUGAAUAGCAACAUACCACUGGAGACCAGGCAUUUCCUGUUCAAACAUGGAUCUGGUUCCUCUGCUAUUUUCAGUGCAGCCAGUCAGAACUACCCUCUGACAUCAAAUACUGUGUACUCACCACCUCCCAGGCCGCUGCCUCGAAGCACCUUUUCCCGACCUGCCUUCACUUUUAACAAACCUUAUAGAUGUUGCAAUUGGAAGUGCACAGCCUUGAGCGCCACUGCAAUCACAGUAACUUUGGCCUUGUUACUAGCCUAUGUGAUUGCAGUACAUUUGUUCGGCCUGACUUGGCAGUUGCAACCAGUUGGACAGAUCUAUGCGAAUGGAAUUAGCAAUGGGAACACAGGGACCGAGUCCAUGGAUACUACUUACUCUCCCAUUGGAGGAAAAAUUUCCGACAAAUCAGAAAAGAAAGUGUUUCAGAAGGGACGAGCAAUUGACACUGGAGAAGUCGACAUUGGUGCGCAGGUCAUGCAGACCAUUCCACCUGGUUUAUUCUGGCGUUUCCAGAUUACUAUCCACCACCCUGUAUAUCUGAAAUUCAAUAUUUCUUUAGCCAAGGACUCUUUGCUGGGAAUUUAUGGCAGAAGAAACAUUCCACCUACACACACUCAGUUUGAUUUUGUGAAAUUAAUGGAUGGCAAACAGCUUGUAAAACAGGAUUCCAAGAACUUUGAUGACAACCAGCACUCCCCUCGGAACCUGAUCUUAACCUCACUUCAGGAGACAGGUUUCAUAGAGUAUAUGGACCAAGGACCUUGGUAUCUGGCAUUUUACAAUGACGGCAAAAAGAUGGAGCAAGUAUUUGUGUUAACAACAGCAAUUGAAAUAAUGGAUGACUGUUCAACCAAUUGCAAUGGAAAUGGAGAGUGUAUAUCUGGUCACUGUCAUUGUUUCCCAGGAUUCCUUGGACCGGACUGUGCUAGAGAUUCAUGCCCUGUUCUGUGUGGUGGAAAUGGAGAGUAUGAGAAAGGCCACUGCGUCUGCCGAAAUGGCUGGAAGGGCCCUGAGUGUGAUGUUCCGGAAGAACAAUGCAUUGACCCAACCUGCUUUGGCCAUGGCACCUGCAUCAUGGGAGUCUGCAUCUGUGUUCCAGGAUACAAAGGAGAAAUAUGUGAGGAAGAGGAUUGCUUAGAUCCAAUGUGUUCCAGCCAUGGCAUCUGUGUAAAAGGAGAAUGCCACUGCUCUAGUGGCUGGGGAGGAGUCAACUGUGAAACCCCACUUCCUAUAUGUCAAGAACAGUGCUCAGGACAUGGGACUUUUCUUCUGGGUACUGGAGUUUGCAGCUGUGAUCCCAAGUGGACAGGAUCUGACUGCUCCACAGAGCUAUGUACCAUGGAGUGUGGUAGCCAUGGUGUCUGCUCAAGGGGAAUAUGUCAAUGUGAAGAAGGCUGGGUAGGACCAACAUGUGAGGAACGCUCCUGUCACUCUCACUGUGCUGAGCAUGGGCAAUGCAAAGACGGAAAAUGUGAGUGUAGCCCUGGAUGGGAGGGCGACCACUGCACAAUUGCUCACUACUUAGAUGCUGUUCGAGAUGGCUGCCCAGGACUCUGCUUUGGAAAUGGACGGUGUACUCUGGAUCAAAAUGGUUGGCACUGUGUGUGUCAGGUCGGUUGGAGUGGGACAGGCUGCAACAUUGUCAUGGAAAUGCUUUGUGGUGACAACUUGGACAAUGAUGGAGAUGGUUUGACUGACUGUGUGGACCCAGACUGUUGUCAACAAAGCAACUGUUAUGUAAGCCCACUCUGUCAGGGCUCACCAGAUCCUCUUGACCUCAUCCAGCAAAGCCAGCCCCUCUUCUCCCAGCACACUGCAAGACUCUUCUAUGAUCGAAUUAAGUUUCUUAUUGGCAAGGAUAGUACUCAUGUUAUUCCUCAAGACAUCUCAUUUGACAGCAGGCGUGCUUGUGUAAUUCGUGGUCAAGUGGUGGCUGUAGAUGGAACCCCUCUUGUGGGAGUGAAUGUCAGUUUCUUGCAUCACAGUGAUUACGGGUUUACCAUCAGUCGGCAAGAUGGAAGCUUUGAUCUUGUAGCCAUUGGUGGUAUCUCUGUCAUCUUAAUCUUUGACCGAUCACCUUUCCUGUCAGAAAAGAGGACACUCUGGUUGCCCUGGAAUCAGUUUAUUGUGGUGGAGAAAGUAAUCAUGCAGAGAAUUAUAGCAGAACCACCAUCCUGUGAAAUUUCCAACUUCAUCAGCCCAAACCCAAUUGUGCUUCCUUCACCACUCACAUCAUUUGGAGGAUCCUGUCCAGAAAGGGGAACUAUUGUUCCUGAGCUGCAGGUUGUACAGGAGGAAAUCCCUAUUCCUUCCAGCUUUGUGAGGCUGAGUUACCUGAGCAGCCGAACACCUGGGUAUAAAACUUUGCUACGGAUCCUUCUGACACAUUCAACUAUUCCAGUGGGAAUGAUUAAAGUACAUCUCGCAGUAUCUGUGGAAGGGCGACUCACACAGAAGUGGUUUCCUGCUGCAAUUAAUCUUGUGUACACAUUUGCUUGGAACAAGACUGACAUCUAUGGACAGAAGGUUUGGGGCUUGGCAGAAGCUUUGGUGUCUGUGGGAUAUGAAUAUGAAACAUGCCCUGACUUUAUUCUCUGGGAACAAAGGACUGUCGUUUUACAAGGUUUUGAGAUGGAUGCUUCUAACCUAGGAGGCUGGUCCUUGAAUAAGCACCACAUUUUUAACCCUCAAAGUGGAAUUAUACAUAAAGGAAAUGGGGAAAAUAUGUUCAUUUCCCAGCAACCCCCAGUCAUAUCAACCAUCAUGGGCAAUGGACACCAAAGGAGUGUAGCCUGCACUAACUGCAAUGGCCCAGCCCAUAACAACAAGCUCUUUGCUCCGGUUGCCUUGGCUUCUGGCCCUGAUGGUAGUGUGUAUGUUGGUGACUUCAAUUUUGUUAGGCGAAUAUUUCCCUCAGGAAACUCCGUUAGCAUUUUGGAAUUAAGAAACAGAGAUACCAGACAUAGCACAAGUCCUGCACACAAGUACUAUCUGGCUAUGGACCCUAUGUCUGAAUCACUCUACCUAUCUGACACCAAUACUCGAAAAGUCUACAAACUGAAAUCUCUUGUGGAAACAAAAGAUUUAUCCAAGAAUUCUGAAGUGGUGGCAGGGACAGGUGAUCAGUGCCUUCCCUUUGACCAGAGCCACUGCGGAGAUGGUGGGAGAGCCUCAGAAGCUUCGCUGAACAGCCCCCGAGGCAUCACAGUUGAUAGGCAUGGAUUCAUUUACUUUGUGGAUGGGACUAUGAUCCGGAGAAUCGAUGAGAAUGCUGUGAUCACAACUGUAAUCGGCUCAAACGGUCUGACUUCUACACAGCCAUUGAGCUGUGACUCAGGAAUGGACAUCACUCAGGUGCGAUUAGAGUGGCCAACAGACCUUGCAGUCAAUCCCAUGGACAAUUCAUUGUAUGUCCUGGAUAACAACAUUGUGCUGCAAAUAUCUGAGAACAGGCGUGUGCGGAUCAUUGCAGGGCGCCCCAUUCACUGCCAGGUGCCGGGCAUCGAUCAUUUCUUGGUCAGCAAGGUAGCAAUUCACUCUACUCUGGAGUCUGCUAGGGCCAUCAGCGUCUCCCACAGCGGGCUGCUCUUCAUCGCUGAAACAGACGAAAGGAAAGUGAACCGCAUUCAGCAAGUGACCACCAAUGGGGAGAUCUCCAUCAUCGCUGGUGCCCCCACUGACUGCGACUGCAAAAUUGAUCCCAACUGUGACUGUUUUUCAGGUGAUGGUGGCUAUGCCAAAGAUGCAAAGAUGAAAGCCCCUUCCUCCUUAGCAAUGUCGCCUGAUGGUACCCUCUAUGUAGCAGACCUUGGCAAUAUUCGUAUUCGUACCAUCAGCAGGAACCAAGCCCAUCUCAAUGAUAUGAACCUUUAUGAAAUCGCCUCCCCUGCUGAUGAAGAACUCUACCAGUUCACUGUCAAUGGCACCCACCUCCACACCAUGAACUUGAUCACAAGGGACUAUGUGUAUAACUUCACCUACAAUGCUGAAGGUGAUUUGGGCGCAAUCACCAGCAGCAAUGGCAAUUCAGUGCAUAUUCGCCGGGAUGCAGGGGGCAUGCCUCUGUGGCUUGUGGUGCCUGGUGGGCAGGUAUACUGGCUAACCAUAAGCAGCAACGGAGUCCUGAAAAGAGUGUCAGCCCAAGGCUACAAUCUGGCCUUGAUGACCUAUCCAGGAAACACAGGACUUCUAGCAACCAAAAGUAAUGAAAAUGGAUGGACAACUGUUUAUGAGUAUGACCCAGAAGGACAUCUGACCAAUGCAACAUUUCCUACUGGGGAGGUCAGCAGCUUCCACAGUGACCUAGAGAAGCUGACAAAAGUGGAGUUGGAUACUUCCAACCGUGAAAAUGUUCUCAUGUCAACUAACUUGACAGCAACCAGUACAAUAUACAUUUUAAAGCAAGAAAAUACUCAAAGUACCUAUCGGGUGAGUCCAGAUGGUUCACUACGUGUCACCUUUGCCAGCGGGAUGGAGAUCAGCCUCAGCUCAGAGCCCCAUAUCCUGGCAGGAGCUGUAAACCCCACCCUAGGCAAAUGCAACAUCUCAUUACCUGGAGAGCACAAUGCAAACCUCAUUGAGUGGAGACAGAGAAAGGAGCAAAACAAAGGCAACAUUUCAGCUUUCGAAAGGAGACUGAGGGCCCAUAACAGAAACCUACUCUCCAUAGAUUUUGAUCAUAUAACCCGCACGGGAAAGAUCUACGAUGACCAUCGAAAAUUCACCCUUAGAAUUCUUUAUGACCAAACUGGUCGACCUAUUCUGUGGUCACCUGUAAGCAGAUAUAAUGAAGUGAACAUCACAUAUUCACCUUCGGGAUUAGUCACAUUUAUUCAAAGAGGAACAUGGAAUGAAAAGAUGGAAUAUGACCAGAGUGGAAAAAUAAUUUCAAGAACUUGGGCUGAUGGGAAAAUUUGGAGCUAUACCUACUUAGAAAAGUCUGUGAUGCUUCUCUUACAUAGCCAGCGGCGUUACAUCUUUGAGUAUGACCAAUCAGAUUGUCUGCUGUCUGUCACCAUGCCUAGCAUGGUGCGCCACAGUUUACAAAGCAUGCUUUCGGUGGGCUACUACCGGAAUAUCUACACUCCACCAGACAGUAGCACUUCUUUUAUCCAAGACUAUAGUCGAGAUGGCCGGCUGCUUCAGACACUACAUCUGGGGACCGGGCGCAGAGUUUUAUACAAGUACACAAAGCAAGCAAGACUUUCUGAGAUUCUCUAUGACACUACCCAGGUCACAUUAACAUAUGAAGAGUCUUCUGGAGUGAUUAAGACAAUACACCUCAUGCAUGACGGAUUCAUCUGCACAAUCAGAUACAGGCAAACAGGCCCUCUUAUUGGUCGCCAGAUCUUCAGAUUCAGUGAAGAAGGUCUUGUGAAUGCACGGUUUGACUACAGUUACAACAACUUCCGUGUCACAAGCAUGCAAGCUGUGAUCAAUGAGACUCCUUUACCCAUAGAUCUGUACCGAUAUGUUGAUGUCUCUGGUAGAACAGAACAGUUUGGAAAAUUCAGUGUAAUUAAUUAUGAUUUAAAUCAGGUCAUAACUACAACAGUGAUGAAGCACACUAAGAUCUUCAAUGCCAAUGGACAAGUCAUUGAAGUCCAAUAUGAGAUCCUAAAGGCAAUUGCAUACUGGAUGACUAUUCAGUAUGAUAAUAUGGGCCGUAUGGUCAUAUGUGACAUAAGGGUAGGAGUAGAUGCCAAUAUCACAAGGUACUUCUAUGAAUAUGAUGCUGAUGGGCAACUUCAAACUGUUUCUGUGAAUGACAAAACCCAGUGGCGUUAUAGUUAUGAUCUGAAUGGAAACAUCAACCUCUUGAGCCAUGGGAAUAGUGCCCGUCUUACUCCACUCCGCUAUGACCUCCGAGACCGUAUCACCAGGCUAGGAGAAAUUCAGUAUAAAAUGGAUGAAGAUGGCUUUCUGAGACAGAGGGGAAAUGACAUAUUUGAGUAUAAUUCUAAUGGCUUGCUGCAGAAAGCCUACAAUAGGGUUUCUGGCUGGACUGUACAGUAUUACUACGAUGGGCUUGGGCGACGCGUUGCCAGUAAGUCCAGCCUAGGGCAGCAUCUCCAGUUCUUUUAUGCAGACCUUGCCAACCCUAUAAGAGUUACUCAUCUGUACAACCAUACGAGCUCAGAGAUUACAUCUCUCUAUUAUGAUCUCCAAGGUCACCUUAUUGCCAUGGAGUUAAGCAGUGGUGAAGAAUAUUAUGUAGCCUGUGAUAAUUCAGGUACCCCACUAGCUGUGUUCAGCAGUCGAGGUCAGGUCAUAAAAGAGAUAUUGUACACGCCUUAUGGUGAUAUCUAUCAUGAUACUUACCCUGACUUUCAGGUCAUCAUUGGUUUUCAUGGAGGACUCUAUGAUUUCCUUACUAAAUUAGUGCACCUAGGGCAAAGGGAUUAUGAUGUUGUUGCUGGUAGAUGGACAACGCCUAAUCAUCACAUAUGGAAGCAGUUGAAUCUUCUUCCUAAACCAUUCAACCUCUACUCCUUUGAAAAUAACUACCCAGUUGGCAAAAUUCAAGAUGUUGCAAAGUAUACCACAGACAUUGGCAGUUGGUUGGAGCUGUUUGGUUUCCAGUUACACAAUGUACUCCCUGGAUUUCCCAAACCAGAAUUAGAAAACUUGGAAUUAACUUAUGAGCUUCUCCAGCUUCAGACAAAAACUCAAGAGUGGGAUCCUGGAAAGACCAUCCUGGGUAUACAGUGUGAGCUCCAGAAACAGCUCAGGAAUUUCAUUUCCUUGGAUCAACUUCCUAUGACUCCCAGAUACCAUGAGGGGCGGUGUCUUGAAGGAGGGAAACAACCAAGGUUUGCUGCUGUCCCUUCAGUCUUUGGAAAAGGUAUAAAAUUUGCCAUCAAGGAUGGCAUAGUGACAGCUGAUAUUAUAGGAGUAGCCAAUGAAGAUAGCAGGCGGCUUGCUGCCAUUCUCAAUAAUGCUCACUACCUGGAAAACCUGCAUUUUACCAUAGAGGGGAGGGACACUCACUACUUCAUUAAGCUUGGAUCUCUGGAGGAAGACCUAGUGCUCAUUGGUAACACUGGGGGGAGGCGGAUUCUGGAAAAUGGUGUCAAUGUCACUGUGUCCCAGAUGACAUCAGUGUUAAAUGGGAGGACUAGACGGUUUGCAGAUAUUCAGCUGCAGCAUGGAGCCCUGUGCUUCAACAUCCGGUAUGGGACAACUGUGGAAGAGGAAAAGAACCACGUAUUGGAGAUUGCCAGACAGCGUGCUGUGGCCCAAGCCUGGACUAAGGAACAGAGAAGGCUGCAAGAAGGGGAGGAAGGGAUUCGGGCAUGGACAGAGGGUGAAAAGCAGCAGCUUUUGAGCAGUGGGAGGGUACAAGGUUAUGAUGGGUAUUUUGUUUUGUCUGUUGAGCAGUAUUUAGAACUUUCUGACAGUGCCAACAAUAUUCACUUUAUGAGACAGAGCGAAAUAGGCAGGAGGUAACAAAAAAAAUCACUGCCUUUGCGUCACCAAAGACUGCCUGUUUUUAAAACAAAAAAAAAAUGGUUUAUUGUAUUGGUUUUCUAGAUCAGAACUCUGUAUAUGUAAAUAUGGAGGAAACAUAUCCAACUGCCUUUCAAUGUGACAGAAGAUGGUAUUUUAAUAUUGUUUGUUUAAACUCUUUAAGAAAUGACAGAGAUUUUUAGUUCUCGUGUGGCAGUAUUCAAAAGAACACAAGCUGAACUCAAACAGCACCACUUUAAAUUUGUUGAGCCAUGCAUAUGUUCAACUACACAGAAGGAACCCAAGGUUCUCUAUUUCUAUUGUGACACCAAGUUUCAUAUUUAACUGUUGGCAGAACAUGCGGGCUACUUGAAAAAGGUGGUGCAGUAAAUAUCUGAACCUUGCAUCUUGAAAGACUGCCAGCCCCUUCACAUUUUCCAGAUCUGUUAUAGGAAACCUAGAAAGAGUGUAAAAUGUCCUCAACCAUCAUCUCCUAGAGUCAGAACCCAUUUUCCCUCCUUCCCUGAUUAUUCCUCCUUGCUUGUUAAAGUAAAUGCCAUGUUGUUGUGCUGUGUUUUAGCGUGUGGUGGCUGGCUUCCGUCUACCAUGCCUCACUGUGGGUCUGGUAAGUGGACUGAAGAGUCACUGUUUGCUUGUGUGUACAUGAUACCAAAGCAGCUGGUCAAUGUGACCUCUCUCAUAUAACCUGUUUUGAUUCCACUUUUUAAUCAAAUUGUCCAGCAGUAUUGGUGUCAUGUAAGCAUAGCUUAUAUUAACCUGGGUAGGAAUUUCCCAUUUAUAUAUAGGGUGUGUUUCGGUCAUAGUUUCUCAUUAGUAAUUCCGUAUUUAUACACUAAUCCAAUGGUUUUGUGCACAUGAAAGGUAAUUUACUAAGAAGUGUGAUUCUGGUACAAUAGAAGAGGCUUUAGCGGGCACGCGUGCCUGUGAUGCUGAUACACAUUAACUAGUACUGCAGAAAUUUAUAAGAGCCAAAACAUUUAAAAGAAUAGACCUAGUAUUAAAGUAAAAGGAAAGUACCAAAGGGAAGACCAAACCCAACAUGAGCAUAAUUGCUGCCACAUUAUUCAUCCCACUUAGAUUCAUCUUUCAAAUGUACAAUCGUGUAUUGAAUGUCUCCCAGCCAUAUUCAGAAAAUUGGAUUAAGUGAACCCUUUCCAACUUAAAGCAUUUCACCUAAUUGCAGAGAGACAGACUUGUUUUUAACCACCAUAAUUGAUGUGGUUAUUUUACUUCUCUGUCUCUAAUCCAUUUGUUUUUAUUUAAUCAUCUCUUCUGCCUAGGAAAAUAUUUUCACGAUGGAUUGUUUGUUCCAUAAUCACUCAAAAUUUAGAGAAAGGGACAGGAUUAAAGUUAAUAUAAGCUGCCGUUUCUCAAUCUCUUAUGAACCCUGCUGUAAAAGAUGCCCCUUGAUGAGCUGAGAGAUUUGUGCCCAUGGAUACAGAGACAGUUUGCAGAAUGCUGUGUAAUUGCAAGUUACCACAAAUGAAAAGACCUGACAGCACAAUGUGCCCAGUAGAAAUUCCCAACAGCCACAUUCUCCAGUUGCAACACCAACUGAGAAUAUUUGCUGUCUGAAGGAGAAUUUAGGGCAGAAUGUUUACUUAGACUCUUGCAAGAUACUACCUAAAUGCAGUAUGGGGGUCACUGGCUUGUUUUGUGAUAACAGUUUGAUGGGAAAUAUGCAAAGUCAGAAUCCAUGUUCCUGUUAAAAGUGAGAAAAAGGACAAGACCCCAGAAAACAGUAGGGAAGGGUACAUUCAAACAUUUCAUGUUGAAACCUUCAGGUUCAGAUCCUCACAUUCUUAUGUAUGGACAGAGAGAGAGAGAGAGAGAGAGAGAGAGAGAGAGAGAGAGAGACAGAGAGACAGAGAGA